GAAAUUCCACAAAGGCCACAGAAUCAGGGAGAAACUCUCCUAGACUAUCCCAAGCCUAUCCAUAAGUUUCAUCCUAGAUACCACUACCCUGACUGUGCUCCACCCAUUGCAGGAGAAGAUAAUGACUGCGAAUUUUGUAUUCCAUUUAGGUUACUAAGUGAUGAAAUACAAAGGGUUAAAGAGCAAGGCAGAGGACAGUUGGCAGAUAGGCAUAGAAACGGAUGGCAAAGGAUGAAAGCAGGAGAAAUUUCGAUUAAUCAAGUGCAUAAUGAUUAUUAUAACCCUGGCCCAGAAAUUAACAAUCAUAAACAAUAUGUGGAAUUAAGAACAAAAUGGAACACUAUUCUUAAGAAAAGAAUUCAAGAAGUGGACGACUAUUUUGCUCACCAAGACUGCCAACCUAUGGACUUAGACAAACAAGACAAACCUGAAGACCCUAUGAAAGUUGACCUUCAAGAAAAAGUCACUGAUGAAGACAUUGAUUUUGAACAAAUUGGUUGCAUGAUCAUCCAAGAUAAAGGCGUGGAAGUAAGAUUGGAAUGGAGUAAGAAUGGAAUUAAAUUUGAUCACAAAUUUAUUCCAUGGUCAUCUAUUAGAUAUUGGCAGAAUAAAUUUAGAAGAGAAACUAAGGACCCCAUCCGAGUUCGUUCUUGGAAAGGACCUUAUGCAACAUGUUGGUGUAUUUUUCAAGGAGAAUAUUCUCUAUUGGAAGAUGACCAAAGUUGUGAUAGAUGUGAGUACUGGUUCCUAGUCUUACACUAUCUCUCUAAACUGCCAAACGACUUUUUAAAGUCUCUAAUUAAUGAUCAUACUAUACAUCCAUGGUUUAAACCUGCAAAGGUUAUUAACCAAGAUUGGCAGAAUGCAAAUUUUGCUAAGUCUUUCCAAGUUAAAUUACUUUCAAAACGCGCCAUAAUGCCCCAAAAAGCUCAUCAAGGAGAUGCAGCAUGGGAUAUAUUUGCUGCUGAACAUUGUAAAGCUGAUGAGUUAGGUAUUGUAAUAGUACCUACUCAUAUUAAACUAUGCUAUACAAAAGGGCACUAUGGGAAAUUAGAAACCAAGUCUUCACAAGCUCUAAAAGGAAUACAAGUCCUUGGAGGUGUCUUAGACGAAGGAUUUACUGGAGAAAUCAAAGUAAUCCUUAAGACAAGUCUAGCCAACUAUGAAGUCCAUCCUGGUGACAAAGUAGCUCAGCUCAUAAUCCAUAAACGCGUUGAUGCCGAAUUAGAAAAUGAAGAACUUGCUGAAAGAGGAAACAAAGGAUUCGGUUCCUCUGGAACUGAACACAAAAACCCUAUCAAACGCGUCUUCAAAAUAAUGCAAGCCAACGGAAGGGAAAUUUCGAAUGGACAAAAAGAACAAUUGUCUAAAUUAUUGGCAGGAUAUGCUGAUAUUUUCAGACAAGAAUCGAAUGACAUUAAUACGACGGUCAAUCAUACCGAACAUUUCAUAAGAUUGACAGAUUAUACGCCAAUACACGAAGCCAAUCGAGUAAUGCCGCCCGUUAAGAAACAGUUCCUUAAAGCCGAAAUCGAACAAAUGCUAAAAACAGGUGUAAUCUCAGAAUCUCCACCUAGUGUACCCUGGGGAUUUCAAGUAGUAAUCGUUCAGAAGAAAGAUGGUAGUCUAAGGCUAUGCGUCGAUUAUAGACGACUUAAUCAAGUCACUAUAAAAGAUGGAUAUCCGUUACCGCGGAUAGAGGACAUAAUAAGUCGAAUGGGUAAGGCUAAAUACUUUACCUCGCUCGAUUUAGCUAGUGGAUACUGGCAAGUCCCCAUGGCCAAGGAUAGUAAAGAAUUCACCACUUUCAUAUGUCCUUACGGACAAUACUACUUUAACGUUAUGCCUUUUGGUUUAACAAACGCACCUGCGACAUUUCAAAGAAUGAUGAACAAAACGCUUAGAGGGUUAGUAGAAAAUUUCUGUGAGGUAUAUCUCGAUGAUAUACUAAUAUACUCAGAGACUUUCGAAGACCACCUACAGCAUAUCAAAGCGGUUAUGGAACGACUUAACGAACACGGUUUGAAACUCAAACAGAAAAAAUGUCAUUUCGCUCAACUCGAAACAGAAUAUUUAGGAUUUAUCCUAAGUGACGGAGCUCAGAAACCCGCUCCGCGAAUAAUUGAAGCUAUACAAAAUUUCCCCGAGCCAGAGCUUGGCAAAAGAGUCCAAUUGAAAACUAUUCAGAGUUAUUUGGGACUCUGUAAUUUUUAUCGAAAAUUUAUACACAAAUAUCAGGACAUCGUCAGUACGCUAAGUGAAUUACUCAAAGAAUACAUUGAAACGCGUACACCACACCCGACACGAAAAGGACGAUGGAUUAAAAAGAAAGAAAAGAAUGAUCGUAUUUGGAAAGAGAAACAUCAUGAAGCGUUCCAAGAAUUAAAAUCCGUAUUCCAAAAGACUAUUGAGGAAGGCGGAAUCCGACUAGCUUACCCAAUACCUGGUCGAGAAUAUAUAAUACGUACAGAUGCCUCAGAUGCUGGAAUCGGUGCAGCAUUGUUACAACGAACGCCUGAAGGAGAUGAAUUGCCGAUAAUGUACGCUCACAGAGUAUAUCAUGGCGCAGAACCGUAUUACUGUAUGACUGACAAAGAAGCUCUUGCAGUCAGAGAAGCGGUCAAAAAAUGGUUCUCUCAUUAUGUUUGGGGUACCAAAUUUAAAGUCUAUACCGAUCACGCACCACUACUAAGUGCGUUCAAAAACCGACCAUUAGACAGCAUACGAUUAGGUCUAUGGAUCGAAGAAUUAACCGGAUUCGAUUUCGAGUUAAUACAUGUCCCCGGAAAGGAUAAUGAGUUAGCGGAUAUUUUGUCCCGUUGCCCUAACAAAGUAACUCUACUCCAAUGUUUAUUUUAUAAACGCGGACGAGUGAACAUUAUUGACAAUCUUUUACAAGACGGAUUACCAUACGACUGUAUAAUGGCUUACCCAGAACUUGCUAGUUUUUGGAACGGCUAUUAA